UUUCUUCUUCAUUUUCUGGUUUUCCUCUCGAUUCGCAUUAGCUCCACAGCGAGUCCGAAAAAUAGUUAAUCUGUUGAGCUUUCGCAUUCUUCAUAGUACUCCCCAGGACUUUAGCUAUAUAUUCUACUCAGAAACCAUUGCUUCUCGAAGUUAAUCGACUAAUUCCUUUCAACUAGGUACAGCAGUCUUCAUUUUCUAUCUAUAUGCAUGGGCCACGUUCCUUUUGUUUUUCAUUCGAAAAUUUCUCUUUCGUUUUACUUGUCGAUCAAUGCACAUGUAGUCAUCAAUGUUACCGGUAAGGCUAGUUAAAACCCUGUGAUGACAAAUGGGCAGCCAUUCAUUGUUGCAGAGGGAUUUCCAGCAUAAAGGAACUGACCCUGAUUAACAGAAUAAUUCAAUGGCCACUAAGCCGCUGGAAGUUGGGGUUGAUAUGGAUAUCAAUUCGCCAUCAAUCAUUGAAGUUCAGGAUGGAAAUUAUGCUGAGAGGUCAACUUCAGCUCAGACUGAUUCUUGCUUGCCAGAUCCAUAUCUGUUUACCAAGAAAGGGAGAAAAGAUUACAGCAGAUAUGGCAUACCUCUUUAUCGAGCUGCAAUGAACGGAGACAUCGAAACGGCUAGAUCCAUUGUUUCCACAUAUCCAUGGGCGGUGCGACAGAGUAUAACGGAAGGAAUGGAGACUGUUCUUCACGUUGCGACCGCGGCGAAACAAAUUGCUUUGGUGAAGAAAUUGGUAACUGAGUGGAUGCAGCCUGUCGACUUGAAACUCGAAAACAAAGAUGGAAACACUGCUCUUUGUUUCGCUGCUAUAUCCGGAAUCGUGCCACUGGCCUUAGUUAUGAUCAAGCUGGAAACAAGCUUACCAAAGAUCCGAAAUAAAGCAGGGGUGACUCCUCUCCAUUUAGCUGCUCUGUUAGGACAUAGACAAAUGGUUCAGCAUCUCUACCAAUGCACCGAUGACGUUUUGACUGAUCCAGAACGGCAUGGGAUAUUCAUUAUUUGUAUUAGAAAUGGUCUCUACGACGUGGCCUUUAAUAUGCAAGAAAAGUACCCUCAACUAGCUACGACUCGGGGCUCAUUUAAUGAGACAGCUCUGCACGUGCUUGCUCAAAAACCUUCGUUGUUGGUCGACAAAGCCCCAGUUGGGAUGUGGAGGAGAAUAAUCGUCAAAUUUUCAGGAUUUGAUCACCAUAGCACGAAGCUAAGUCAGGCCCUUCGACUUGUGGAUAGCGUUUGGAAAAAGGUACUACAGUUAGAGCAUGAGAUGAUGUGGUGCUUAAUCGAGCAUCCUUCAAUCUUAACACUAGACGCAGCAGAAGCAGGAAAUGUCGAAUUUCUAAUUCAGCUUAUCAACUCUUAUCCUGACCUGAUAUGGAGGGUAAACAAAGAUAAUCGCAGCAUAUUUCACGUUGCAAUUUUAUAUCGUCAUGAGAGUAUCUUCAGUUUAAUCUAUGGCAUAGGUUCCAUUAAAGAUUUGAUUGCAACAUAUGAAGAUGAAAACAAAAACAACAUGUUGCACUUAGUUGCCAAGUUACCCCUUCAAGAUCGACUCAAUCAUGUAUCAGGUGCUGCUCUUCAAAUGCAACGAGAAUUAUUAUGGUUUAAGGAGGUGGAAAAGGUUGUGCAACCUUUGUGUAAAGAAAUGAGAAAUGCUGAAGGAUUUACACCCUGGGAUAUAUUCGUUAAGGAGCAUGAAGAUUUAAAAAGAAGGGGAGAAGAUUGGAUGAGAAGAACUUCACACUCAAUGCUAAUGGUUGCAACAUUACUAUUCAUUGUAGUGUUCGUUGCAAUACUCACCCUACCAGGAAGUUUGCAGAACGAUGCAGCAAAUCCUAUCAUCCUGCAGAAGAUUCCAUUUAAAAUCUUCAUCAUAUCUGAUGCAAUGGCAUUGUUCUCCUCCGCUUCGUCAGUCUUAAUGUUUUUAUCAAUCCUCACUUCGCCUUUCGAAGAAGAUGACUUCGUUAAGCGAUUACCAUGUAUGUUGUUGCUUGGAUUGGGGACACUCUUCGUCUCCAUAGGGAUGAUGAUGGCAGCUUUUGUCGCAUCUGCUUUCUUGACUUACCAGCAUGGAGCAAUAUGGAUCCCUACCCUCAUUUCCAUUUUCGUUUGCGUCCCGGUUGUGUUAUUAGCUUCGUUGAAUUUUCCUCUUUCUGUUGAUUUAUGGAACUCAACAUACGGCUCAAGGUCUCUGUUUUGUGGUCGUAAGCAUGACAAGCUUUUUGAAGGAAGGUGUUUUAAAUUGGAGAAUAGAGAAGGGAAAUUUCAAUCUGAGCUGUCCAUUUUGAAGAAGUGUAAUACAUAUCACUAGUCAAGUGGGUUUGAAUAUUGUAUGUAAAUAUAGGAAUAUUUUAUCGAAAACUUUUGAGGUGUGCCUAUGUACAUGUAUCAUUUAUGCAAGGAGUUA